UUGUAAACUUCGCUGCAACGGUCACACUGUUGAGCGCCAAGUUUCACGGAUGUCGAAUCAGCAAAAUCAAAACAAUGCCCCAAAUUGCAAUAAAAGAUGUUUAGAGCUGACCGAACACCCGGAAAGUCAAAGCCAUGCAAAGCGGCAGUGCAGCGAAAACCUCUUUUGGCCGGAUAGUGACGACGACAGCAUUUUUUCCAAUGCCAAGUUGGAAGACUUGCUUAGCGGGCGAAAUACGGAGCUCUUUGGCACCCAGGCCCAGACAAGCAGCGCCAGCAAGCUGCACCAGAGCGGAUCAGACGAUGGACUCUUCGGCGACACCUCGUUCCCGGCCACGGAGAAGCUACUGCCCACCCAAGAUCAUAAAGAGGCCGCUGACACAGGCGGCAACCAUCCAAUCGACCUGGCAGAGGGAGAUCCGGACUCGCUGUUCAAGAAGAUCAACCUAAACGAUCUGAGCAUAACAGAAAUGGAGGAUAUUUUCCAUGGCGCAGAGGAUUUCAGUGAGCCCCUCGUACAAAAUACCCAGAUUUUCUUAGAUGCAGUGGCUUUCAAAGUUCCCAAGACACCGGAGAAGAUUCCAGCGCGGCCCAUUGACGAGUCGAUUAUGUCCAAGUCGAUUUUGGAGGGUAUAGUCCAUGGAACUCAAUACGAGACUUGUGAGGCACUGAGGAAUAGAUCUAUUUUGGACCCUUCCAUCUGGGAAUCUCAAGCCUUUGCAGACUUUGAGAAGAAAACCGCAUCCAACCAAACAAAGGACACAUUUCCCAGCAAAGGUGACUUCUACGGACUUCCAGAGAAAGUUAAGAAGAUGAUUUUGGAGCACAAGGGCAUCAAGAGUCUAUAUGAAUGGCAGGACGAAUGCCUGAACCUACCUGCCAUAAAGCAGCGGAAAAACCUGAUAUAUGCUCUACCUACGAGCGGUGGGAAGACCCUGGUGGCCGAGAUUCUUAUGCUACGCGAACUUCUAUGUCGCGAACGGAACGUUCUGUUCAUUCUGCCAUAUGUUUCUAUUGUUCAAGAAAAGGUUAGUGCCAUGUCACCCUUUGCUAUCGACCUGGACUUCCUUGUGGAGGAAUACACCGCGGGCAAGGGAAAAUGUCCGCCUCAACCACGUCGCAAGAGGCGCAGUCUCUUCAUAGCUUCCAUAGAAAAGGGUGCAGUUUUAAUGGAUAGCUUGAUCGAUGUGGAAAGACCCCACGAAAUUGGCCUGGUAGUUGUGGAUGAACUGCAUUUAAUUGGAGAACGGGGAAGGGGAGCAACCUUGGAGGCUUUUCUCACCAAAGUAAUGUUUUUGAAUGCCAACAUACAAAUUGUGGGUAUGAGUGCCACGAUUGGAAAUCUAAGCGAAAUAUCUUCCUUUCUGAAUGCCGAUGUCUACACAAGGGGCUUUCGUCCCGUGGAACUGAAGGAGUAUAUAAAAUGUGGCCCUGAUUUGUUAGAAAUCCAUUCGGAAGGUCACACGCUGGAGGAGAUCUUUGUGCCCAGUCGAACCGUUGACUUUAAAUAUAGUGAAGCUGUGAAACGCGCGGAUCCCGACCAUUUGGCCGGCUUGGUUAGCGAAUGUGCUCCGGAAAACUGUUGCCUGGUUUUCUGCCCCAGCAGGAAAAACUGCGAAAAUGUGGCACUUCUACUUAGCCGCAUAGUGCCGAAACAAAAGUUCUUCGAACAUCGUCGGAGCGAGAAAGUGGAUCUAAUGGACGCCCUCGACAAGAUGUGUGGCAUUCUCAGCCCGGUGCUUGCCAAAACUCUACCAUAUGGCAUUGCCUACCAUCAUUCCGGGUUGACCACCGAUGAACGGAAGUACAUAGAAACUGCCUAUCGCUUCGGAGUGGUGACUGUAAUCUGCUGCACUUCAACCCUGGCUGCAGGGGUAAACCUUCCCGCUAAGCGGGUCAUAAUUAGAGCUCCCUAUGUCGGCCAGGAGUUCAUGACGCUGUGCAAGUACAAGCAAAUGGUGGGACGAGCUGGACGCGCAGGAUUGGGCGAGGCGGGUGAAAGUAUUCUAAUUGCCCAGAGCAGGGAUAACUUACAAGUCGGUCAGAUGCUUUUUUCGCCAAUGGACAAGGCUCUGAGCUCAAUGGAUCAGCAAGAGGCAGUGGGAUUACAGUCAUUAAUUCUCAGUGUGAUUGGUCUGAACCUGGCGGAAUGUCGUCGGGAUCUGAACCGUUUGGUGGACAGUACUCUGCUCUCCGUGCAGGCUGAUACCUUGAAUGUGGCCGUGGACAAAGUAGUGCUCCUUAUUCUGCGUGAGAUGUUCAAGAAGAAGGUGCUUCAGUUAAGCGAACCCGACUCCAAGUCAAAGAUCGAUUGCUCGGAGAUCAUAACAACCCAGGAUGCGAAUCAGAGCAACCGUCCUGCUGGAGAGCGACGCCUCCUCAUCGGCCAGUCUACGCGUUUCAAGUUAACCAGUAUUGGAAGAGCUGCCUUCAAGGCGGGCAUCGACUACAAGAAGGCCCAGGCCAUACACAAGGAGCUGAAGCAGGCCCAGCAGCAGCUCAUCCUGACCAACUACUCCCACCUACUGUACCUCGUCGUGUGCUUCAAUUCCAAUGAAAAGGGAGACGAACUGUUUCCUGCCAAUGCCAGCAUACUCUUUCGGGCCUAUACAUCUCUUCCGGUGGAGUCGCAGGCUCUCUUCAAGCAGCUGGGAUUCACCGAAGCUCAUGCAGCCAGGCUCCUGAAAACGCAAUCGGUGCAGGGCCCUCUAUCCGUACAACUUAAUCGCCUCUACAAGGUGCUUAUUCUGGAGGAUGUCUUGGAGCUGAUUCCGCUGCCCACUGUGGCCAACAAAUACAACGUGGAGCGCGGAACCUUGCAGCACCUGAUCAGCCAAUCAAUAGCUGCCUCCAGUGCAAUUGUCCGGCUCUGCGAGGAGAUGGAUGAGUUCUGGUGCUACAAGCCCUUGUUUGAGCGCAUUCUUCACAAAAUGGACCGAUGCGGCACAUACGAACUGGAGCCAUUGCUGGAACUGCCCGCUGUUAAAAUUAACCGUGCCAAGCAAUUGUAUGCCGCCGGCUUCAGAACCAUCGAAGAUAUAGCCAGAAUACCAGCUAUGACACUGGUCCAGUCCGUAGAGCACAUGCCUCUCAGAGUAGCAACCGAAAUUGUUUCUGCAGCUAAGAUCAUUCUUAUGAAAAAACUAGAUCACUUGGAAGAGGAAACGGAAAACCUGAAGGUGUGCCUGCAAAGAAAGUAGUAGAUUGGAGCAAUAGGAGAAACAUAAUUUAAGUUUUAUAUUUAUUUGAGUUUUUAUUUUGAUUGUUAUGCACUCCGACUUAAGUCUUGGAUCCUGGCUCUCCACAACGGACGCGAUCUCCGACAAAGCUUAAAUAUUACGGACAAUUCUUAUAAAAAUUGCAAUUUUAAAUUAAAUUUUUAGGUAUUUCGUUCUCACUAAAUGUACAUUAAACACUGUACGGCUGUCCGGCUGUUGUUGUUAACUGUUCCGUACUGUACUGUUGGA